AACUGUCACAUUAUACCUGUUUCCACAUAUGGGAAACAAAAAUAAAAUUCUAUUUUAGUCUUUAUAUUGGAGAUGUGCACGAGAAACCACCAGAACUUUCCUUGAGUGUAUUGAUGGUAGUAUAAAAGCUCCAACCGGCACAUAUCCAAACAAUAUUUGCAAUAUAAACGAACGAAAAGAUGGGUGUUGUUAACGAAGAAGCUGAAACCUACAAAAAUAAAGGUAACGAGGCGUUCAAAGCCGAAAAUUUUGAAGAGGCUAUAUCACUCUAUAGUAAGGCUAUCAGUUUAUCCGACAAAGAUAGCCGAGAUGCCGCUACGUACCUUAAAAAUCGUGCUGCCGCAUAUCUUAAAAUCAAGGACUAUGAUAAAGCGAUAAAGGACUGUGAUGACGCUUUGGCGAUUGUUCCUGAAGAUCCAAAAGCACUAUUUCGUCGAGCACAAGCCCUGGAAACAUUGGAACGGUUUGAGGAAGCCUACAGGGACGCCAAGACCAUAUUCACAGUGGAUCCAACCAACAAGGCUGUGCAACCGGUGCUGGCGCGUCUACACGCUAUAGUGCAAGAGAGAGCACGUCAAAGCGCGCAAACUGGCAACAAAGUAGAACAGAUGUUCAAAUUAGCUUUCAAGUUAGAAGAGGACCAGGAUAAACGUGAGAAGGCAAUGGCGAAUCUACUAGUUCUUGCUAAGGAGAAUAAUGGUGCAGAUAUAAUGCUUAAAAAUGGUGUUGUUCACAAGAUUCAACAAUUACUAAAAGUGGAGAAAAACACAGACAUAUACUGCAAUGCUGUUCGAAUCAUAAGUCAACUUUGCAAGAGGAAUGUAAACAGAACAAAGGAGAUUCUCAAAGUGGUUGGUAUUCCAUGGAUUUUGGAAAUCCUUGACAGUGAUAUUGAAGAGAGAGUGAAUACAGCUCAGUAUUGUCUUCAAGUGAUAUUGAAUACAUUCUCUGGCAUGGACACUAGUCAAAAGGAUUCUAAACCUGACCCAAAACUGUGUGAACAAUAUAAAAGUGAACUUGAUACACUUCUCACUUGUUUAACUUACUCCAUCACCAACAGAGUUAUCUCAGGUAAGGCAAGAGAUGCAAUCAUGGAAUUAAUUAUGAGAAAUUGCCAUUAUUCUGCAAUCAACUGGGCGGAGCGAUUUGUAGAAAUUAAAGGACUGCAAAGACUUCUUGAAGUAUGUAGUGAGCUAGAGGAAUACAAGUAUGAAUCUGCCAUGAAUAUCACUCCUUCAUCAAGUACUGUUGCUGCUGCCUGUUUAGCAAAAAUUUAUGAGAACAUGUACUAUGAUGAGGCAAAGCAAAUUUUCAACAACCAUGUAGAUGAGUUCAUCAAGGACAAAUUGCUAACUCCUGACCUUGAAUCUAAAGUUAGAGUCACAGUGGCCAUUACUUCCUUGCUGAGAGGUCCUCUUGAUGUUGGAAAUUAUGUGAUCUCUAAAGAAGGCAUUAUGGAGAUGAUAUUGGUGAUGGCACAGACUGAAGAUCCCCUGCAGCAGCGAGUUGCCUGUGAGUGUUUAAUUGCCGCUGCAUCUAAGAAAGAUAAAGCCAGAGCCAUCAUAGACAAAGGAGUAGACAUUUUGAAAAAGCUAUACCAAUGCAAGGAUGAUGCUGUCAGAGUAAGAGCUUUAGUAGGUCUCUGCAAAUUAGGCAGCUUUGGAGGAGAUGAUGCUUCCAUUAGGCCUUUUGCUGAAGGGUCUACUAAGAAAUUGGCUGAGGCUUGCAGAAAAUUCCUUAUCAACCCAUCUAAGGACAAAGACUUGCGAAAAUGGGCUGCUGAAGGUCUCUCCUACCUUACACUAGAUGCUGAUGUGAAAGAGAAGCUUGUUGAGGACAAACCUGCUUUACAAUCUCUCAUUGAGUUGGCUAAAACAGGGGAUCAGUCCUGUUUGUAUGGUGUAGUGACCACUCUUGUCAACUUGUGUAAUGCAUAUGAAAAACAAGAAAUGUUACCUGAAAUGUUAGAGUUGGCAAAGUUUGCCAAGCAUCAUAUACCAGAGCAGCAUGAAUUGGAUGAUCCAGAUUUUGUAAACAAGAGAUUAACAGUACUGGCUAAAGCUGGAGUUACAUCAGGUUUGGUUGCUUUAUCGAAAACUGAAAGUCACAAUUCCAGGGAACUGAUUGCAAGAGUAUUUAAUGCCAUUUGCAGUAUACAGGAGUUGAGGGGAAUUGUCGUACAACAGGGUGGUGCAAAAGUAUUAAUACCAAUGGCAUUAGAAGGCACUACAAAUGGAAAGAAACAAGCUGCACAAGCUUUAGCUAGGAUUGGUAUAACCAUUAAUCCAGAAGUAGCUUUCCCUGGUCAGAGAAAUUUAGAAGUUGUAAGACCUCUGAUUGCUUUACUACAUCCUGAAUGUACAGCACUGGAGAAUUUCGAAGCUCUCAUGGCACUUUGCAACUUGGCUGGGAUGAAUGAGACUACCAGAAAUAGAAUACUAAAAGAAGGAGGUUUGUUGAAGAUUGAACAGUACCUCUAUGAGGAUCACUUGAUGUUACAAAGAGCAGCAACACAGUGUAUCUGUAAUUUGGUGCAAUCUGAGGAAGUCAUAAAGAUUUUUGAGGGUAAUAAUGACAGAACAAAAUUUUUGUACCUAUUGUGUCAAGAAGAAGACAUGGAUACUGUGAUGGCAGCUUCAGGUGCUUUGUGUGUCCUUACUUCGGCCAGCAAAGUAUGUUGCAAGAAAUUACUGGAUGUUGAACCUUGGGUGGAGACACUCAGAUGCCUGCUUGCCAACCCUAACAAAGAAAUACAAUAUAGGGGCACUUAUAUCCUCUAUAAUAUUGUUAAAGAUGACAAAGACAUGGCUGCAAGGGUGUUUGAAACUGAUGUGAUGGAAAUUUUGAUGGCUCUAACGAAACUGGAUGAUCCUGAGCAAAAGAAAGCCAAAGAUUUGGCCCAAAAGUGUCUAAAUGCUGCAGAGGAAUUAGGAGUAAUCAGAAAGCCUGAUCAGAGUACUGUAGUUGAUCCCUUUAAAGAAACUGACAAACAUAGUGAUGAGGAAGAAGUUGCCUAGUUUCAUGAAAAUGACUUACUUAGUAUUGUAGUGUUUUCUAGUUUGUAUAGUUAUUUAUAUGUAAUAAACUGAAAUUGUAUGAUUGGAUCAGUAUUUAAAUAAAUUUUUUAUUACUUUUUUAA